CCUCAUGGGCAGUCCCAGGCCCAAGGGUGAUCCCUCUGAUCUUAAGUGCUCAGACAGCAACCUGGACAUUAAUGGAGGCACCUUCACUCUCUCCAAUAAUUCUGAUGAAGGUAGCAUCCUGAAGUAUCGCUGUCCACGGGGUUAUUAUCCAUAUCCUGUAAAAAUACGACAGUGUUCCAGAAGCAAGUGGGAUCCAGCGCCCACCAAAAGACAAUUAGAGUGCAAGAAGAUUACAUGUCCUAAUCCACAUGUUCUGGACAACGGAGUCGUGGAGCCCUAUAAGCUGCUGUACUAUGUGAAUGACACGACUACCUACAGGUGUCAUUCUGAUUACACAUUCCGGGGGUCCUCCACACGUGUGUGCCAGCUCAAUGCUGAUCACUGCCCUGAUCCUGGUACACCCCCUGGUGCCAGCAGAACAGGGCACAUUUUCAAUAUUGAUGACAAAGUGACCUACCGCUGUGAUAAUAAGCUGAAACUGCUGGGCUCCAAAGUGCGUGUAUGUCAGGAUGGUGGCCAGUGGUCAGGACAAGAGCCGGAGUGCUACACUAAUUACACAUACGACACCCCAGCAGAAGUAGCGGAGGCUUUUGGCAGCACUUUAAAGACUACUCUGACCACACACGAGGAAAAUGGCAGAGCAGGAAUUCACAACAUACAUUUUCAAAAUAGUACCAAGUUGGUAAGAAAAAAUAUGAAAUCUAGGAAUAAAAGAAAGACUGUUACAUCUAUAGAUAGACGUUUUCUUCAUUUAUAAAGCACUAGCAUUCAAAAGUCUGGAAUCACAAUUCAGAAUCCGACUGGACCAGAAAGGAAAGCUCAACAUCUACAUUGCUCUGGAUGUAUCUGGUAGAUAAACAGUUAGGGCUGUUGUGAAGAAAAGAUAUGAGGGGCCCGAUAAAGACAAAGGGCAGUCCUGUUGCUAUGGGCCCCAGUAUGAUUGCUACUCUCCCAGUACUUCCGCCAGUAGCCAGAAAACAAACUCCAGACCAUCUGUAUGAACUACUUUGUAGUAGAACACUGCUUAAACAAUACAGUGCAGUUUCUGCCUCUCAUGAAACAAAAUUAUAUUGCAAUUGUUUUAGCUGCUACACACAGCAGACUGGCGUUUGAUUGCCCAUCUGGACAAGCACACUGGUAUACCAACAGAAUUGAGAAUCUUACUUUAAACAUGUAUUCCGGUACAGAUUAUAAUUGCCUGUAAUCUGUAACCUAAUCCACUAUAUUAAUGAAAUGUAAUCUGUUUACUUUGUGUUACUUUCGAAAUACUUGUCUUUUUAA